GUGUGAUAAAGGGACAGGAAGUCUUAGAGGUUGGAGAGCAGAGCAGAGAGGGUGUGCUGUCAGGAACAGCCAGUGGGAGGUUCUGGCUGAGAGCCCCGGGGUGAGCUGGGCCACCAGCCAUAAUACAUAGGACUGGCCUGCAAGCACAGGUAGGCACCUUGACUUGGCUUAUGACUCUUGGAGAGAUUAUGUGCUUUUGAAUAGACAGCUGGUAUACCAAGAUUCUCAUCCUGUCUUGGCUACUGACCUCCUCAUAAGUUGCAACAUCAGCAUCAUGCUACCACAGCCCAAGACCAAGGGGACCUUUAACACCUUCAUUCCAAAGGACAUCAAUAUUCCCCAGAGAGAGAAACAUGGACAUACCUACCAAAAAGAGGAUAAUCUGAAGAGUGAUCUGCAAAAAGAGGCCACAGUUCUUGGGACUAUCCAGAUCCUAUCUUGCCUGGUGAUUUCAAGUUUGGGAGCAAUUUUGGCUUCUGCUCCUUACGCUUCCCACUUCAAGCCAGAAGUUUCUACCAUUUUGAUGUCUGGGUACCCAUUUGUAGGAUCUCUGUGUUUUGUCAUUACUGGAUCCCUCUCAAUUAUCUCUGGGAAAAAAUCAGCUGAGGACUUUGCCAUGAGCAGCCUGACCUCAAAUGCAUUGAGCUCUGUAGCUGCUGGAACAGGGUUCAUCCUCCUCACUGACAGCCUGGUAGCCCUGGGGACUGCCUCUCAGCAGUGUGACUCAGAGAAUCUUUCAUCAUUGCCUUACUCAGACUACUACUAUUCAGUAUAUGAAGCCAAGGACUGUCUCUUGGCCAGUGCCAGUCUAACAGGUUUGCUGGUGGUGAUGCUUGUCUUCACUGUGCUGGAACUCUUACUAGCUGUAUAUGCAUCUCUCCUUUGGUGGAAACAGGUCCACUCCAGCAACCCUGGUAGUGCAUUUUUCCUGCUUCAGUCCCAAAAGCAUACACAAUACGUCAAAAAGUGUUCUUCAAGGUCAUGGAUAUGAGCAACUGUUGGUGUCAGAGGGACAAACAGAACACCAGUGCUGUUGCAAAGCGUGCCGAGACAUUCCUGAAAUCUCAGCUACUUUGGAGACUAAGAAAAUUUAAAAACACACACACUUUGUUUUGUAUUUGUUCAACAUGAAUCAUUUUAUUUCUCUUGCAAAUAAUUUCCUAAAAGCCCAGGUCAGUAAAAUUUUACUAGUCAGUCUUCGAAAAUGGCCAUAAACUGUAUCAGCUCUUCUGGGUAAGCUUUGAGUCGGAAUCGAUUCGACAGGAACGGGUUUGGUUUACACGUAAACUGUGCAGAAAGUGACGAAGAGAAAAUAUGCUCUCUUUUGGGCUCUUUGUUCCUGGUGUGAACGGAUGAAGUCAUAGUGGUUAUGCAGACCCCAUUUCUGUAUCAUUUUCACACUCAUGUUGUUCAAAUAUCUUAGGGAUUGCAAGAAAAUCUUAAUUAAAAAUGUUUUGUUAAUGGUCUGACUGAGACUGGAAGGAUCCCGGAAGUCAUGUUCCCAGACCUUCUGUUAGCCCAAGAAAGGAAUCAUUCCCAAAGCCAACUCUUCAGACAGGGAUUGGACUGGAUUAUACAAUAGAAAAUGAUACUGGUGAGGAGUGAGCUUCUUGGCUCAAGUAGACACAUGAGACUAUGUGGGCAGCUCCUAUCUGGAGUGGAGAUAAGAAGCCAGAGGGGGACAGGAGCUGGCUGAAUGGACACGGAAAUACAGGGUGGAGAGAAGGAGCAUGCUGUCUCAUUAGAGGGAGAGCAACUAGGAGUAUAUAGCAGGGCAUAUAUAAAUUUUUGUAUGAUAGAAUGAUUUGAUUUGUAAACUUUCACUUAAAGCACAAUUAAAAAAAGUUUGAUUGACUUAAAACACAACCUAAAAAAAGUGUAUAUAUAUGUUUUAAAAAAUUAUAUGACUCCUUUCUGUCUCAUUUCUUUUAGUUCUUCAAAACUCAGCCUCAGUGAAAUUUUCCCCCGCCAACCUACUUAAAACUGUAACUUUCUUUUACCUUUGCUUGCUUAUAUUUUUCAUCAUAGCACUUACCACCAGCUGACACAGUAUGUAUUCUAUUUGUUCAUUGCAUGCCUACUCUUACUAAGCUCCAUUAGGGCACUCACUUACCAGUCCUUGCUGAGGUUUUUAGCUCCUAUUUCAGUGUGUGUGUGUCUGUGUGUGUGUGUGUGUAUUUUAAACUGGGAGCUGCUGUUAGUUGCCAAGUUGAUUCUGACUCAUGGUGACCCCAUACGUGCAAAAUAGAACUGCUCCAUAGAGUUUCUAAGGCUCUGACUCUUUGGAAGCAGGUUGCCGGGCCUGUCUUCCAAGGUGCCUCUCUGUGAGUUCAAACCACCAAACUUUAGUCAUAAAGCACUUAACUGCUUUGUGCCACCCACAGACUCCAAAAACUGAGAUAGAAGGACCUUGAAAAUAUCCCUUUUUCCCAUGAGCCAAGAAGUGCAAUAAGUUUUAUAUUUUAUCCAGGAUCCAUUUUUUUUUUUGUCUAAUUUUUGCUAUUAGUAGAAAAAUCCUUCAGAAUAUCUAAUUCACCAAAUCACUGCGUUUUAUGCUUCCCAACCCCCAGUCUGGUUGUUACUCAUUUGCCCACAAAUGUCACCACCAUCCACUCAGUUUCAAGAGUCAGAAAAUUGGGAGUCAUUCUUGACACCUUCCUUUGCCUUGCUACACAUUCAGUUUAGGAAUCCAGCUAGGCAAGAGCCAUUCAUUAACAGGAAGAUCUAAUAAACUCAUUGCAAGAAAAGGAGUGAAUGAUUUUAACCAACUCCACAUAGUUAACAUACAUACCAGAAUUCAGAGCUCUCAUUCUUGAUAAAAGAAGUGCAGGUGCCCCCUCCCCAAGGGGGUAACCCAGAAGCAGUGGCUGGUCCACACAUGCUCAUGUCCUCCUCACAUGCUCUCCAAUCCUUCCUCUCAUCUUAGCCAGCCAGAAUGAGAAAUUGCCCUGGAUGGACUGAUGAAGUAAGCAGCCAAGUUGAGAAAUCAAGGAACUGAGGGUAGUUUCUAGGAUCUGAAGGUAGCCUCCAGCCAGCAAAAUGUUGGGACCCACAGUCACAGAGUCGCAAGAAAAAGAAUCUGCCAACAACUUAAAAGAGCCUGGAAGUGGGUUCUUCCCAGUUGAGCCUCCAAAUGAAAAUGCAGCCCGGAUGACACCUUGAUUUUAGCCUUGUGAGAUCUUGAGCAAAGGCACCUACCUAAGCCAUGCCUUAACUCCUGGCUCAUGAAAACUGUGAGAUGAUAAAUUCUUGUUAUUUUAAGCCACUAAAUUUGUAGUAAUUAGUUACAUGGCAAAGGAAAACUUAUACUCUCUGGAUGAGAGCAUGGAAUCUGGAACAAGAAAAAAAAAAAACCUGUUGCUGUCGAGUCGAUUCCGACUCAUAGCGACCAUAUAGGACAGAGUGGAACUGCCACAUAGUGUUUCCAAGGAACAGCUGGUGGAUUCGCACUGCCAACCUUUUGGUUAGUAGCUGAAUGCCUAACCACAGCAUCACCACAGCUCUGGAACAAAAAGGCCAAGUCCACGUAAAGCAAGCUUUAAUAGAAGUCAAAGUAUCAAAAUACUACAAAGCAUCUUUUCUGAAGAUAAAGUCAUAAAAGUAGAAAUCAAUAACAGAAAAAAACAAGGGAAAAAAUCAAACACAUGGAAACUGAACAACACCUUCGUCAAAAACUACUGGGAUUAGAAGAAAUUAAGGACAGAAUAAAGAAAUUUACAGAAUCAAAUGAUAAUGUAAACACAUCCUACCAGAACCUGUGGGACAUAGCAAAAGUCAUACUCUGAGGUCAAUUUAUAGCAAUAAACGCACACAUCCAAAAAAGAAGAAAGGGCCAAAACCAAAGCAUUAACCCUACAACUUGAACAAAUAGAAAGAGAGCAGCAAAAGAAGCCCUCAGGCACCAGAAGAAAACAAAUAAUAAAAAUUAGAGCAGAAUUAAAUGAAAUACAGAAUAGAAAAACAAUUGAGUUAAUAAGACCAAAACCUGAUUAUUUGAAAAGAUCAACAAAAUUUAUAAACAAUUGGCCAAACUGACAAAAGAAACACAGAAGAGGAAGCAAAUAACUCAAAUAACUGGAAUAAGAAAUGAGAUGGGCAAUAUCACAACAGAUCCAACUGAAAUUAAAAGAAUCAUAACAGAAUACUAUGAAAAACUGUACUCUAACAAAUUUGAAAACCUAGAGGAAAUGGGGAAACCCUGGUGGUGUAGUGGUUAAGAGCUAUGGCUCCUAACCAAAAGGUCAGCAGUUCAAAUCCACCAGGAACUCCUCGGAAACUCUAUGGGGCAGUUCUAUUCUGCCCUAUAGGGUCACUAUGAGUCGGAAUUGACUCAAAGGCAAUGAAUUUUUUUUGGUUAGAGGAAACGGACAAAUUUCUAGAAACACACUACCUACCUAAACUAAAACAAACAGAGGUAGAACAACUAAAUAAACCUAUAACAAACAAAGAGAUUGAAAAGGUAAUUUUAAAAAGUCCCAACAACAACAACAAAAAAAAGCCCUGGCCCUGAUGGCUUCACUGGAGAAUUCUACCAAACUUUCAGAGAAGACUUAACACCACUACUACUAAAGGUAUUUCAGAGCAUAGAAAAGGACAGAAUACUCCCAAACUCAUUCUGUGAAGCCACCAUAUUCCUGAUACCAAAACCAGGUAAAGACUCCACAAAAAAAGAAAAUUACAGACCUAUAUAUAUCCCUCAUGAAGUUAGAUGAAAAAUCCUCAACAAAAUUCUAGCCAAUAGAAUUCAACAACAUAUCGAAAAAAUAAUUUACCAUGACCAAGUGGGAUUCAUACCAGGUAUGUAGGGAUGGUUCAACAUUAGAAAAACAGUCAAUGUCAUCCAUCACAUAAAUAAAACAGAAGACAAGAACCACAUGAUCUUAUCACUUCAUGCAGAACAGGCAGUUGACAAAUUCCAACACCAAUUCAUGACAAAAACUCUCAGCAAAAUAGGAAUAGAAGGGAAAUUCCUCCACCUAAUAAAAGGCCUUUACAUAAAGGCAACAGCCAACAUCAUCCAAAAUGGAGAGAAUCUGAAAGCAUUUCUCAUAAGAACGGGAACCAGACAAGAAUGCUCUUUAUCACCACUCUUAUUCAACAUUGUGCUGGAACACAUCGUACCACAACAAUUAGGCUAGAAAAAGAAAUAAAGGGCAGCCAAAUUGGAAAGGAAAAAGUAAAAGUAUCUCUAUUUUCAGAUGAUGUUGAUACACAGAAAACCCCAAAGAAUCCACAAGAAAACUAGGAGAACUAAUAGAUUUCAGCAAAAAGUAUCAGGAUACAAGAUAAACAUUUAAAAAUCAGUUGAAUUCCUCUACACCAACAAACAGAACUUCGAAAAGGAAAUCACCAAAUCAAUACCAUUUACAACAGCCCCCAAGAAGAUAAAAUACUUGGGAGUAAAUCUAACCAGAGAUGUAAAAGACUUAUACAAAGAAAGCUACAAGACACUACAGCAAAAGAGAACUACGUAAGUGGAAAAACAUACAUCGCUCGUGGAUAGAAGACUCAGCAGUGCGAAAAUGUCUAUUCUACCCAAAGCUAUCUAUACAUACAAUGCAAUCACAAUCCAAAUUCCAAUGGCAUUUUUAAUGAGAUGGAGAAACAAAUCACCAACUUCAUACGAAAGGAAAAAGGCCCCAGAUAAGUAAAGCAUUACUGAAAAAGAAGAACGAAGUGGGAGGCCUCACACUACCUGAUUUUAGAACCUAUUAUACCACCAACUUAGUCAAAACAGCCUGGUACUGUCACAACAACAGAUACAUAGAUCAAUGGAACAGAAUUGAGAACCCAGAUGUAAAAUCAUCCACCUAUGGUCAGCUGAUAUUUGACAAAGG